AUGGACGGGACGUACGUGAAAAGUCAUGUAAAAAUUGAAAAUUACCUCAAGGAAAUACGUACAAAGAAUAUUAAGCAAUGUCUGCAGGGAUAUGCAAAGACGAAAUCUAAAAUCGAAGCAUUUGUUUUCGUCUCAACUAAUGGUGAAAGACAGAGCAUUUCGUGGGCAAAUCUUUACGAAAGGUCAUGUGCAACGGCCAGUUCAAUGAUACGGCUUGGUGUGAAAAGGAAUGAAAUUGUUGCUAUUAGUCUACGAACAUGUCCUGAAUGGCUUUAUGCAACAUUUGGUGCAAUGAUAGCAGGCGCUAUCCCGGUAAGUGUUGCGUUUACUUAUACAGAUGGUAGCGACUUGGUAGCGAUUAUGGAAAGAAUGAAAUGCUGUUCUCUUUUCAUUAUGGACCCCGGAUUCGAUAACGUUAAUUGGAACAUUGCUCAGGGGUUGCUGGAUGAAUAUAAUGACAUUGGAGAUGUUAAAAGUGCAAAACUACCGUACUUGCGUUAUUUGGUAGGUGUCGGCUUUGAAAAUUGCUCUGAUCCCGUCAAACACUUUCAAGAUUUACUAAAUGGUACGGAUUCUGAUGCUGAUUUUCCCGAUUUAGAGUCUGGAGAUGUCGCAACUAUGUUACAGACCUCGGGAAGCACGGGGGUAUCAAAACUUGUUGUGCAUACGCAUGCCUCACUCAUCUCAUUGACUGGUUCCGAAUUCAUAUUUGUUGAUCCAAACUACAUUGUUUUCAACGGCCGUCCGUUUAACUGGAUUGGAGGAUUUCCAUUGUCAAUUUUGACCGGGGAAAGCAGGGUGACAAUAUCCGGAUUCUGCGAAGCACCAACAGACAGAGUAUCUUUCAUGAAAGAUAUCAUCGAAAAGGAACGAUGUUCAUUGAUAUAUGCGUUGCCUCCACUGAUGGUUGAGCUUAUACGAAUGCUACAUUCUUUAGUAGCAAACAGCGAAAGCUUUGUCGAAUACGGAUGUGGUACGCCAUUGCCGCUUCAAGGACCAGAAAUGAAAAUUGUUGAUGAAUACGGACAAACGCUUCCAGUUGAAACAAGAGGUGAAAUAUACAGCCGAUCUCCUGGUAUGUUCAAAGAAUACUUCCACGACCAAGAGAAAACUAAGGCUGUAAUGACUGGAGAUGGAUGGUACAAAACUGAUGACAUUGGACGGAUGACUGAGAAAGGAGAGUUUUUCGUUGAAGGCCGAAAAUCCAAUAUAAUAAUUUCUGGAGGAAUGACUAUUUCUCCUGAAAUAUUAGAGCAAGUAAUGAAGACUUUUCCUGAAGUUGAGUCAGUUGUUAUGGUACCGGUGCCCGACGAAGUUUACUAUCAGGUUGUAUGCGCAUGUAUAGUUCUGAAAGCCGGAAGUGACAUCACAGAGCCACAGCUUCGAAUGCAAUGUCAUAAUCUUUAUACAGAUAAAACAGGACUUUUUACAGUACUUCCGACGUUUUACUUGUUUUUGGAAAAAAUUCCAGAAACUAAAACAGGAAAGAUAGAUAGAAAAGGAUUGGAACGGCUUGCAUGCAGCAAAUUUAGGUAA